GCAGUGUGGUUUGUGUUCCGUUGAAGGGCGGAAGUGAGUCACCGCAAACCAGAGAACUAGUCAUUGUGUGAAAAUGUGUAAAGUUCGAAUGUUCAGGACCUUGGUGAAGCAGCGGCUAGACGUGGCCGUCGAAGAGAUUUUCGAACUAUUUGAUAGAACGAUAGCGGAGUACGAGGAGGAACUUUCUCGCACGAAAGCGGAGCAAGAACAGCAACGCGAGCUACUCAACGCUCUCCUCAAGCCUCACGUUCACGGUGCAUUGCACGAUGCAGAAAUGCAGCAGGAAGCACCAGCAGAGCCCCCUCACAUUAAAAUGGAAGAGGAGAACGUGUGGAGGAGCCAGAUUGGGGAGCCGCCUCAAGAGCUGAAGGAGGAGGCUGAUAUCAAAACAUUUACGAUGACCAACGUCCACGUGAAGAAAGAAAAUCAAGAUCAGUCCUCACAGCUUCUCCGCGCUCAAAGUGAGAUGAUGUCCGACGAACACAUGGCAACGGAAAACGACGGCGAACACAGUGGAGGAUCACAACCGGACUUCUUGGUUCCGCUGUCGGACGCGGACGACGUGACGUCGCACUCUUCUGACACAGAUCACAGCAACCACACCAAAGACCCGGUGAAGACUAAAAAGAAGUCUCAAGACGUGCACGAGGAUCUCCUGACGUUCAUGCACCAGCGCAAUAAUUCGAGGAAGAAUAUCUUUCAGAUGGAACGAGAAACGAUGGAAACGUGCCGGCAGAAAUGUUCAGCUUGCCUUGGGUGUGACUGCACCGAGUCUCUGCGCGACACCCGGCCCCCGGAGGAGCCCGAGGAGAUGGAGGAGACGACAUGGGACCAGGACAACGCCGAGGGCAUCCGGGAGCUCAAAGGCUACCUCCAGAACUGCGAAAUGUUUUUUGUCUUUUCAAAGUUGUUGAAAACUGAAGGCAAGGGCAAGAAGAACGUCUACACUGGCUCGGCGAAGUGCAUGCAGCCUGGGUGCAAAAACAAGGGCGUGACCUUUACCUCCAUUUCCAGAGCCCAUCUUAGCAUGCACUAUGAAAAAGUUCACCCUGGAAAAAAGGCCGCGCUUAUGGCCGCCCUGGCCGGAAACAGCCGGCGUGGCGGCCGCGGCCAGGCCAAGGAGCGACGUUCCAAGAAGCAUCAAUUGAGCACCUUGGAGGAACCAGUCCGGGACAAGUUCAACCAGGACAAGGCCAGGCAGAUGUUCACACGAUGGUUUGUGGAGACGCUUUCCCCGCUGGGCCUUUGUGAACACCCUUACACCAGGGAGCUGUUUGCCUACCUCAGUCCUGAGUUCCAGCUCAUGUCCCGGAAGACCCUGGCGAGGGGCCUGGAUGAGCUGAUGCACAAGGCCAAGCUGGAAGUCAACAACCUGCUGAGCAAGCAGAAGUGGGUGGCGACCACCGCUGACUGCUGGACGGCGCACAGCCGCGCCUUCCUGGGCAUGACCGUGCAUUGGAUCGACCGGCCCAGCCUGGUAAGGAGGAAAGCAACUCUGGCAUGCAGGGAGUUGAAGACAGAUCAGCUCUUGGCCGAGGUCAUCCGUGACGUCCACCAGGAGUUUGACAUUGUCAAGAAGGUGGUCGCCACCACCACGGACAACGGCGCAAACUACGUCGCGGUCCUCAACGCCUUUGGGGAACCACAGGAGGAGGAUGAGGAAGUGGUGCCGGGACAGCCGGGCGACGUGCAGGGACACCUCGACGGCGAGGGCGUUGACGCCGAGACCCGGGUUGCUCUGCCGCCUCACCGCCGCUGUAGUGCGCAUACCCUGAACCUCAUGGCGACCGCUGACAUCAGGGCGGUCACGGGCUGGAGCGUGGGGGACACGCCCUGGUGCGAGGCAACCGCCAAGGCCCAGCACCUGUGGAACCUCCAGAACCGGAUCCCCAUUGCCGCCAAUCAGAUCAAGGAGGCUGUCAACAGGAAGCUCCCGACUCCUCUUCUAGUAAGGUGGAACUGUUACUUCAAUAGCGUGAAGGUGCUGUUGGAGGUGAUGUCACUGCCUGAGCAGGUGGAGGCCAUCAACAACAUCAUCGUUCGCCAGCCUAGCGGCAAGGCCGCAGGAGCCAUUCUUGAUCGGGACAUCAAGGUCCUGACAGAGUACAGGGAUGUCAUGAAACCCGUGGUGGACACCCUGGACAACCUGCGGGGGGAGGACAGCGCCUACAUGGGCAUCCUCCUGCCGACGCUCCUGGUCUUGAAAAGGUGGCUGCUCCAGCACCAGCAGAGGGAUGAACUGCAGUACGCAGAGCCCCUGGUCCAGUCCCUCCUCAGGGGCUUUGAAAAAAGGUUUGGCUCCCUCUUUGAGGACCAAGACCUGCUCAUGGCCUCUGCUCUGCACCCCUCCUUCACACCCGCCUUCUUGGCGAGGAUUGUCCCCGAGCAGGCCGACGCCAUCAAGGGCAGGAUCCUCAGCGAGCUCAAAGCCCUGGUGAGCGAGGAGCAGCAGGAGCAAAAUAAUGUCCGGCCUGCCGUGAAGAGCCACCAGGACAGGGUUUUCAAGGAGCUGUUUGUCAGCGACCAGGAUGUGGUGCUGAGGGCCAGCAUCCAAGACUGGAAGCCCCAGCGGAAAGCCCUCUCCUGGGCCCUCUUCCCCAAGGAGCACAGGGGGGCCUGGGUCGACUUGUUCAUCAAGUACAACGUCCCGCUCCCGAGUUCCGCCGCCGUGGAGAGGAUAUUUUCCACGGCCGGCGACGUCGUCAGGCCGAAGCGGGCCGCCCUGGCCAGUCCCGACUUCCAGAACUUGGUGUUCCUCAAGGGGAACAUGUCUCUGUUGGGGUACCCCAGCUACAAGGGACAGUUUGCCGAGGAGGAACAGGAACAGUAUUAGUAUUACCAUUUUUCUUUUGGGGCGCGUUAUUUCUCAAUGAAUGAAAUUGUGUGUGAAAUGUGAAUUGUGUGUUUUUUUUUUUUUUAAACUGAUGGUCCUAAAAUGGCGGUCACAGGUAAAAUAAUGAGGACUGACGGACUGGGCCAGACUAAAAUAAUUGACGUCACACUUUUUUUUUUUGGUCCAUAAAAAUUACACUAAAUUGUCUUCUUGCAAGUAGCUUAGGCACACAGCCUAAUUUUUUUUUUUUUUUACCCGAGACCACCCCCCACCCAAAAAAAAAAAUCCAGUGCAAUGUAGUUUUCACAUUUUAAGUACAGUACAAUUCAGUUGUAUAUAACUUUUGGGAGUUUGUUUCUGAACAUUCAUGUCGGAACAUUUUUUAAAUAUAAUAAUAAUUAUAGGUUGACUCCUUUUGAAUUUGAAUUACCGGUAAGUCCAUUUUUUUCCACAAAAUAUUUUACCGGUACAAUAUUUAUGCGCAAAGUUACGAUUGAACCUGUGCACUACAAUCUUAUAUGGGCUUAAAAUAUGAAAUAUACUUUUUAAAGGAAAAAAAACCCUCUGCCUUGUUUUUUUUUUUUUUUUUUUUUUUGUUUUUGAGGAAUACUUACCAUGCUACUCUUUUCAAGGAUAAUUUGGGUUACACGUGUGGUCACGGGACAAAUGACACUUGUAUCUCAAGGCACCGCUGGAUAUAGGUUUCGCUCGUUGCCGUUAUUUUUUUUGUGUGUGUGUUGCAAAUGAAUUAAAAUUCAAAAAUGCAAAUUAA